ACUGUAUAACAAAGUUAGAAGUGAUGUUCACUUAAUUGGGGAAAAAUGCUGGCUGAAACAGACUCUACUGUCCCUCACCAUUAUGUGAACUUAGUCACUAUAACACCAUACUUUUUUUUGUGGUUGCAGAUGCAUAUUACUCUGCAAAUUUAAAAGGUCAUUAAUUCCAGCCUAAUUCCAACAAAAUCUUGAUUAUUUUUUUUAUUUUAUUUUUUUGCAGCAGAGAAAAAAACAAAGUGAUGAUGACUAGUAACCAAAAUCUUCAAGGUUUUCUUGUUAACAUUCUUGUUCUUCAUUCUUUUUACUUAGGACUUUGCUUAUCAAUAUGUACCAUUAACAUCACUCAGUAUCUAAGAGAUCCAGCAACUUUAUGGUGCAAUGAUAACCUCUUCAAGUUGGGAUUUUUCAGUCCUGGAAAUACGUCGAAUCGUUAUGUUGGUAUUUGGUAUAACUUCUCAGAAACAACUGUUGUUUGGGUGGCAAAUAGAGACAGGCCUUUGAAAGAUUCGUCCGGGGUUUUCAAGAUUCACAAGGAUGGAAAUCUUGUUGUGAUGAAUGGAAUGAAAGAAAUUCUUUGGAUGUCGAACAUUUCAUCUACUUCACAGGUUAAUCCGAAUUCAAUUACUGCUCAGUUACAAGGUGGGAACCUUGUUUUAUUCGAUAACUCGAAUAAUGGGAAGUUAAUAUGGCAAAGUUAUCAACAUCCUAGUGAUACAUUUUUGCCUAGGAUGAAAAUACCUAUUAACUCUGUUAAAACAGGGGAGAAAACAGGGUUAAGAUCUUGGAAAAGCCCUUUGGACCCAAAUUUUGGGAAUUUUUCGACUAGCAUUACCGCGAUUCUUCCUCAGCUUUUGAUUUGGCAAGGGAAAAAUCUUCACUGGCGAAGUGGUCAAUGGAAUGGUCAGGUUUUUAUUGGGGUGAAGUAUAUGCGUAGCGUGCACACGGGUGGAUAUAAUGUUGUUGAUGAUGAAGAAGGUACUGUCUAUCUUACGGGUCUUGUUGACCGAAAGGAAGUGACAAGGUUCGUCUUGGACCCGAGUGGGAACUUGGUACAAUCGUACUGGGACGGGAGUGAGAGGACUUGGAAGUUUUGGUGGUCAGCUAUAGAAAACGAUUGUGAUGUUUAUGGAACUUGUGGUCCAUUUGGGAGUUGCAAUUCAUUGGAUUCGCCAAUUUGUUCGUGUUUAAGAGGGUUCGAGCCAAAAAAUAGAGAGGAAUGGGAAAAGAGAAAUUGGACUAGUGGUUGUGUGAGGAGGAAAAAUUUGCAAUGUGAUCAAGAAAAGAACAAAACAAGUAGUAAAAGAGAUGGAUUUUUAAAGGUGGAAUUCAUGAAAGUGCCCAAUUUCGCUCAAUGGUUACCUCCUAAGCUUGAUGAUGAAUGUAGAAGCAUAUGCUUGAGUAACUGUUCUUGCUUAGCCUAUGCUUUUGACACUGGGAUAGGCUGUAUGUCGUGGAGCGGAAGCUUGAUUGACGUUCAGCAAUUCCAAGGCUCUGGCACGACCCUUUACAUCCGCGUAGCACAUUCUGAACUCGAUCAUCACCGAGAGAUCACACUAUUAGCAAUUCUGGUUAUAUUAUUGUUGUUUACUGUUUGUGUCGGCGUAUUUCUUAGCUGGUUUUGGAUAUCAAGGCGAAGAGGUAAAAUAUGGUUCCACUUUAAAAGGAACCAUCAGUUGGAGGGAAAGAAAAUCUCUUUGGAAGAAAAUGUUACUAAAAUUGAUUUGGAGGACUUACCAAUUUUCAAGUUUGAAGUGCUAGCAAUGUCAACAGACCAGUUUCAUGAGAACAAUAAGCUUGGACAAGGUGGUUUUGGUCCAGUAUACAAGGGGGUACUAGGCGACGGGCAAGAAAUAGCUGUCAAGAGGCUUUCGACCGCCUCAGGACAAGGGAUGGAAGAGUUCAUGAAUGAAGUUUUGUUGAUAUCUAGAGUCCAACAUAGAAACCUUGUCAGAUUAUUGGGAUGUUGCAUUGAAAAAGAAGAGAAGAUGUUGAUCUAUGAGUAUUUGCCAAACAAAGGCUUGGAUGUUUUUCUCUUUGAUCAAACGCAUAAAGGGAUGUUGGAUUUGAGCAAACGAUUGCACAUUAUCGAAGGGAUUGGCCGAGGACUACUAUAUCUACACAGAGAUUCAAGAAUAAAGAUAAUCCACAGAGAUUUAAAGCCAAGUAACAUCUUGCUAGAUAAUGAUUUCAAUCCGAAGAUUUCAGACUUUGGCAUGGCUAGGAUAUUCAAAUGUAACCAAGAUCAAGCAGAGACAAGGAAAGUUGCAGGAACCUAUGGGUAUAUGGCCCCAGAGUACGCGAUCAAAGGGACGUUCUCUGAGAAAUCCGACGUUUUUAGCUUUGGAGUGCUACUGUUGGAGAUCAUGAGUGGGCAAAAGGUUGCAAGUUUUUGGAAUGAGGAGACCUCAUUAAGCCUUGUUGGAUAUGCAUGGGAACUCUGGAAAGAGAAUGAUUUAUCAAAUUUCAUUGAUCCAGUGAUAUGGAAUCCCAACUUUGAAAUGGUGUUGACAAAAUGCACACACAUAGGGUUGCUAUGUGUUCAAGAAUUUGCUAGAGACAGGCCAACAAUUUCAACAGUACUUUCCAUGCUUUCUAGUGAAGUUAUAAGUCUGCCAGCACCAUUGCAGCCUGCUUUUGCUAACUUCUAUGAUGAUAAUAUUGGAGGUUCUGUAAAUUAUGUCACUUUGACAAACCUUGAUGGUAGAUAAUUAACAUGAGAUUUGUGAACAGUAGCUAGAUAAACAUCUGCUUUAAAUUUCUUUUGGAAUUCUUUC